UCAUUCUCAUUCGACGUUACUCAGUGAAGCAGUUUAGACGUGUCAGUUGCUAUUUUUCGCGCAAAGAGUGAUUAACGGUUAUACAUAUAUUAUAUAUAUAAAAAUUUGUAAAAGAAAAUUUUAGAGAAAGUUUUUUUUUUUACUCUCAACAAAAAAAAAAAAAACUAAACAAAAACCAAAUUCAUCUUUUUCAAAUUUAAAUACAAAUAAAAAAAAAAAUAACUUAUCACAAUGGCCGAUGUUGCAGUUGAAAACAAAGAGACCCCAGUUGUUGAGAAGGAGGUCGCAGAAGUCGAUGCUGCUAAAAAAGUAGAAUCGGUUGAAAAGACUGCCACAGAAAAUGGUGCUGCUGAGGAAGUGGCAAAAGAAAACGGCGAUGCACCCAAAGAAGCUGCCGAUGCCGCUGAAUCCACUGACGCUGCUGUUGAUGCUAAAGAUGAAGAUUCCACACCCUCAACAGACGAAGAGCAAAAUGGCGAUAAGAAAGACGAUGCUGAAGCAGAAGAGACAAAUGGUGACUCAACAGAUGCUCCCGCUGAAGCUGUGAAGAGGAAAGUCGAUUCUGCAGCCGAUGCCAAAACAGACGAAACAGCUGCCACACCAGAAAAGAAAGCCAAAUUGGAAGAAACAAAAGAAGAUGUCACCAAUGGCUCAGAUGCAACUGAAGUAGCGGCUUAAAAUAUAAAUAUAUAAUAAAAAAUAAACAAAAAAACACACAAAAAA